UUCAACCAUCGACGCUGGCGGUUGUAUUCCCGCUGCUGUUUUGUGAUUCGAAAAAAGUGAAUUUAUUUAAGCCAUGCUGCGUUUCACUUUAGGACUACUCCUUCUGUGGGCGGUUGCUGCCAUGGGAAACGACAAUCUUCGAGUGGCCUAUGAAUGGCGGGAAAUGGACUUCAAGUACGCCAAUCCGGAUCAGAGAUGGUCAGCCAUCGAGCGGGGCGAGUUCAAGCCGGCCAAUGUGAUACCCUUUGGCCUGGAGGUCGCUGGGCAUCGGCUCUUUGUCACUUUGCCCAGAUGGCGGGCCGGAGUGCCGGCCUCGUUGGCCUACCUUGAUCUUAAUGAUACUUCCACCAAGAGUCCCGUCCUGAAGCCCUACCCCAGCUGGGAGGCUCACAAUCUGCAAGAAUCUGACCCAGAGUUGGUUUCUCCAUUCCGAGUGCGAGCCGAUCGGUGUGGACGCCUUUGGGUUUUGGACUCUCGGAUUUCUGGAGUACUAGAGCAGACCAAGAUAUUCGGAGCAGCUCAGCUUCUAGUCUACGAUCUGCACAAUGAUGAUCUGUUAAGACGUCACGUUCUUCCUGCUGCUCAGUUGAAGCAGGGAUCUUUAUUGGCCAAUCUGGCAGUAGAGGAUUCUGAUUGUGAGAACACCUAUGCCUAUGCAGCUGACUUGGGCAGUCCCGGCUUGGUGGUUUACUCAUGGAAAGAUCAAGAAUCAUGGCGAGUGCAGCAUCACUUCUUCCACCCAGAUCCGAUGGCCGGUAACUUCAGCAUAAAUGGCAUUGAAUUCCAGUGGGAUGAUGGACUUUAUGGUCUGGCUUUGUCGAAACCUUUGGAAACUGGCUAUUCCACAUUGUACUUCCAUCCAUUGUGCUCCACCAUGGAGUUCUCUGUGGAUACAGCAAUACUGCGAAACAAAACUCUAGCCACUUCGCCAAUGAUUUAUCGAGAGUUCGUGGUUUUGGGCUCCAGAGGACCGAACACUCAGGCUGGAGCUGAGUUCUUGGAUCCGGAUACUGGUGUCCUCUUUUACGCUCUGCCCAACCUUAAUGAAGUUGCCUGCUGGCGCACUGCCACGGAGUUUAGUCACAGUUCUCAGAGUCGCAUCUUCAUGAGCAAUGAUACAUUGGUUUUCCCCAGUGAUAUCAAAGUUGAUGAACAGAAGCGUCUAUGGGUGCUAUCAAAUCAGCUACCCGUCUUCAUUUACGAUGAACUAUACGCAGGUUCCAUUAAUUUCCGCAUUUUAACUGCCAGUGUUAAGGAGGCUAUUGAGAACACAGCCUGCGAAAUAAGAACUUCCCCUCUGCCGGAUGUAAUCAAUAAGCUUGGGGAUAUACUUAAUACGAAUAUUAAGGUAAAGACAAGCUCAGCUGCUUCCUUGGAGAAACUGACUUCUUUGCUAAUUGUUGGCUUGUGUUUGCUGACAAGUUUUAGGAUCUAGAUCCCCAGAGCUGUACAAAAGUAUCUUGCACACUUAAAAGAAAUAUUUUCGGAAUUUUAGAAAGAAACAGAUCUUUUGGAUUUCUUAAACAUACGAAAUAUUUUUUUAUUUGAGUGCAUCUGUAUUAUGUUAAGUUUUAGGCUAAGAAAACUGUAACGUUGUUCGUGAUGUUGAUUAAAUGUAAGAAGUGUA